GUGGCGGCGGCGGGGCCGCGCGCGCCCGGGAUGGAGAUCGGGCCCCACGCGGGGCACGCGGAGAGCAGGAAAGAGCACUGGAAGCUCCUUGGCAACUUGAAGACCACAGUGGAAGGUUUGGUGUCCAUCAGCAACCCAAAUGUCUGGUCCAAGUAUGGUGGCUUGGAGCGGCUCUGCAGAGACAUGCACAGCAUCCUCUACCAUGGGCUCAUCCAUGACAAGGUGUGCUGCAGACAGAAGGAUUACUGGCAGUUUGUGAAGGACAUUCGCUGGCUGAGUCCGGGCUCUGCUCAUCACCUGGAGAAGUUCAUCAGCCUGCAGGAGAGUGGCCAGCGUGACCCCGAGGGCCCAGGGGACCAGGCCAUUGCACAGCUGUGGCUGCAGCACAGCCUGCAGUGCCACUGCCUGUCAGCACAGCUGAGGCCGCUCCUGGGGAACCGGCAGUACAUUAGGAAGUUCUACACAGAUACUGCCUUCCUGCUCAGUGACGCCCACGUCACGGCCAUGCUGCAGUGCCUGGAAGCUGUUGAGCAGAACAACCCCAGGCUUCUGGCUCAGAUCGACACUUCCAUGCUGGCUGGCACGUCACUGCCAUCCCUGUGCACGUCAGACCCUUCUGCUGGGACAAGAGACAUGUGUGAUCACGGUGCUGAGGGACACAAGAGCCGUCUGCCGGGAGCGCUGGGCUGCCUGGAUCAUUUCACUGAGAGCCUGCUUACCAGGAAGAGUGACAAUCCAUCUCCAGUGACCAAGAGUCAGAGUCUGACUGCCCUCCCUGCAUGCUCGUGUGUCCCUGCUGCCCCCUGCACUCAGCAGCGCUGCUUUGGGUCCUUCUCCAGCCUCCAACAUCCAGCCUCCUCUGGCCUCUCAGACAGGAGACCAGUGAGUUCCUGUGGCAGCUCCAACUCCAGCCAGCCCCAGGAGCGCUGCCCAUCCACUCGGUCCUCCUCCUUCAGCGAGGGCAGGUCCCCUCUGGAGCAGCCCAGCUCUGUCACCCGCUUCCAUGUCCCCUCACCCAAAGACCCCUUCUCUCCAGCCAGCGAGAUGAGCUCUAGCACCACCAGCCAGAGCGAGGAUACUUGGACAGGGAGUCAAGAUGAUCCACAGAGUGAUGUUAAUGAUGGGCCAGAGUACCUGGCCAUUGGGAACUUGGGACGCCGGGGCCGGGCGUGCAGCAGCACCAGCACCACCAGCACCAAGAGCAGUAGCUCUAAACUCUUCUCCUCCAGCAGCUCCCAGAAGCUGGACUCAGUAUCAUCCCUGGGGGAGCAGGGGGCAAGCGGAGGUGGCAGCAGGGGCCUGAGCCUGUUGCGCCGGUCCAGCUUCUCGGAGGGACAGUCUUCAGCUCCACAGGGCAUCCUCAAGAAGAGCCAUGUGCGCUCACACUCUGACACCAACGUGACUUCUGGGAAGUUGCACGGAGGCCUCAGGGAUAUCACCAUUAUAAUAGAAGAUCCAGUGGCAGAGUCCCAUGGUGAUCCAAGUGGAGGGAGAGGGCCGGUCUCUGCUUCCACACAGAGCAGUGAACUGAGCACACCCAGCUCCCUCUACAUGGAGUAUGACUCUGGACAGUACCUGAGCUCGGGGGAAGGGAUGUUCAGGAGACCUUCGGAAGGGCAGUCCCUCAUCAGCUACCUCUCUGAGCAGGACUUUGGCAGUUGUGCAGACCUGGAGAAGGAGAACGCCCACUUCAGCAUCUCAGAGUCCCUGAUCGCUGCCAUUGAGCUGAUGAAAUGCAACAUGAUGAGCCGGCAGCUGGAGGAGGAGGAAGAAGACAGUGACAAGGAGAUCCAGGAGCUUAAACAAAAGAUUCGCAUUCGGCGCCAGCAGAUCCGCACCAGGCACCUGUUUCCUACCUGCCAGGAGCUGGGCUCAGACAGUCUCGUGGCAACAGACAGUGGGUCCCAGUUCAGCUCCCACGGCUCCAUGCGGCUCUCUGACUCUGGCUCUGCCGAGGAUGUGGAAGAGUAUGAGAUCCAAGAUGGUAACGAUGGAUCUAACCUGAUUCAAAUGUCCAAGAACGGCCUCUCAGUGUCAAUGGCUUCCUUGUUCUCAGAUGCAGACAUCAAGAGGAACCCAGACUCCAGCAGGAAGUCCUUUCUCUCCUCGGAUUCCAUAUCCCACUCCUUCCUCAAUUCAAACUCGGCAGAGGCAGUGGCCAUGGGCUUGCUGAAGCAGUUUGAGGGCAUGCAGCUCCCAGCUGCCUCUGAAUUGGAGUGGCUGGUCCCUGAGCAUGAUGCCCCACAGAAGCUCCUGCCCAUCCCUGACUCUCUGCCUAUCUCUCCUGACGAUGGAGAGCACGCCGACAUCUACAAGCUGAGGAUUCGUGUGCGCGGAAACCUGGAGUGGGCCCCGCCACGACCGCAGAUCAUCUUCAAUGUUCACCUGGCCCCAGCGAGAAAGGUGGCUGUGGCCAAGCAGAAUUACCGGUGUGCAGGCUGUGGCAUCCGGACUGAUCCUGAUUACAUCAAGCGGCUGCGCUACUGCGAGUAUCUGGGCAAGUAUUUCUGCCAGUGCUGCCACGAGAAUGCCCAGACUGUCAUCCCCAGCCGCAUCCUGCGCAAGUGGGACUUCAGCAAGUACUAUGUGAGCAACUUCUCCAAAGACCUGCUGAGCAAGAUCUGGAGUGACCCACUCUUCAACGUGCAAGCUAUCAAUCCUGCCCUGUACCAGAAAGUGAAGGCUCUCAACCAAGUGCGGCUGCUGCGAAUCCAGCUUUUCCACAUGAAGAACAUGUUCAAGACGUGCCGGCUAGCUAAAGAUCUCCUGGAUUCCUUUGACACAGUGCCUGGCCACUUGACAGAGGAUUUGCACCUCUACUCACUGAGUGAUUUCAAUGCCAUCAAGAAAGGGGACCUGAUGCCUCGCCUGACAGAGCUCCUGAAGGCGGGCAGCCUGCACAUUGACAAGUGCAUGCUGUGCCAAGCCAAAGGCUUCAUCUGUGAAUUCUGCCAGAAUGAGGAUGACAUCAUCUUCCCCUUUGAGCUCAACAAGUGCAGGACGUGUGAAGAGUGCAAAGCCUGCUACCACAAAUCCUGCUUCAAAUCCACCCGCUGUCCCCGGUGUGAGCGUCUUCAAGCCCGGAGAGAGCUGAUGGACAAGCAGAGCAUGGAGUCCUACAUCUCAGACUGCGAAGACGAGCUGGAGCAGCUGGAGGCAGUGGCAGCCACAUGAGCAUGUUGCAGCCAAGGAGCAGAUCAUGGGUUUAUUUAUGUGCAUAGCCUUCAUCACCAGAGACUGAGCCACGUGGACUGGGGAUGAGACUGUUGGGAGGCCUGGAGCACUGUCUUGAAGGGAUUUCUUUUCCCACAUGCAGUACUGCUGGGCUGGGAAUGGAGCAUAUUCCACGUGUGGAUCUGCUCCAGGGACCGCUCCCAUCCCUGAUGCCUUUGCUUGGGGGGAGGCAGCUGCUCCUGCCUGUCUGCAGGCAGAACAGGGACCUUUUCUGAGCAGUGUUCAUGCUGGACCUGGCAGGGCUGUGCUGUCCAUCCCUGUGCCCUGCUCCAAGCUGAGCAGGGUCCCCUGAAGUGUCAGCACUUCUUGCUCAUCAGCUGUAUACUAGGAAGCUCUGGUCACAUCUGCUCCUUGGAGGAGGAAAUCAGGUCUCAGUCCUGAGAUCCUCCAUUCUGCUGC